AUGGGUUCAGUCGGUGAUGUUUAUUUUUGGAGGCAGAGUGUCGUGCUCACGGCGGAUUGCAUGCACUCGAUUGGCACUGGCUUCAUGCUUUCCUUCCCUGCGGUACUUCAGCCAGCUAUACUCUCGCUCAACAGUACUGGAAUACAUGCGACUCUCGACCAGGCUUCUUGGGUUGCUGCCAGCCACGGACUAGCCGGCAUCGUUGGAUUUUUAAUGGUGCCACAUUUGAUGCAAACUCUUGGCCGGAAAGUUGUCCACAUCGGGAUAAAUGUCUUCGCCAGUGUAGGUUUCCUCAUUUUCGCACUGGCCAGAAGUGUCCCCGCUUUAUACAUAGCAAGAAUCACUCAAGGAUUGACAUUAUGUGGAGUGUAUGUGACACCGAUAAUGUUAGGAGAAUACUCGCAUCCAAAACGGCGAGGGUACUUCAUCACGCUAAAAAAAUGUUCAGUUGCAAUUGGCUCUCUUAUGUGCCACACAAUGGAUUUGUGUUGGACGUGGAAACAAAUUGCUGCUUUUGCUAUAGCUCCUCACAUUGCCUCGAUAGCUAUGACAUUCAUAUGGCCUGAGAGCCCAGCGUUCUUGGCCUUGAAUGGAAGAUACGAUGAGUGUGACAAAUCACACACGUGGCUACACGGAGACAGCCCGAAGAAUAAGAAAGAGUUGGAAGAUUUGAUAGCAACUCAAAUGGAACGCCGGGAACAGGCAAAGAAGAAAUGCAAUUUAAAAAACGUGAUGAGAAAAAUGCUGGAGAAAGAUUUCCUUAAACCAUUUAUAAUCGCUGCUUUGUUAACUAUGAUAGUAGACGCUUGUGGGAGAUAUUAUAUGUUAGCUUAUGUCGUCGAAAUUUUAACUGAAAUCACUGGAAACAAAGCCAUUGCUGCAUUUUGUACCAUAGGAGCUGAUACUUUAACUAUUGUUGCACUGUUAGUAUCGUGCUAUGUAAUUAGAUGCUGCAAAAGACGCAACUUGCUAUUUACUACUGGAACAAUUUCUGUGCUAUUAAUGUUUCUAACUAGUUUAUUUACAGUCUUGAAAUCUCGUCAUAUAUUUGGUGAAUCUACAAUUUGGAUAAUUCCUAUUAUUAUUUUGUUAAACGUCUUUAUAGUUAACGUAGGUGUUAUACCUGUAUGUUUUGCUGUUAUAGGCGAAAUAUUUCCGUUAGAGCACAGAGGUACAGGUUCGUGCGCAACGGGUAUAGUAUUUAGUAUUUUGUAUGCACUUGUUAUGAAAUUUACACCAUUGAUAAUGGAGACCACCGGAGUUGAAGGUACUUUUGGUAUCUAUGGAUUUCUCGUGGUUGUCGGUUUAUUCUUAUUAUACUUUAUUUUAAAUGAAACUAAAGAUAAAACACUACAAGAAAUAGAAAACGAAAUCAGGGGAGUUAAAACAUUGAUAGAAACGUAACGCACAUUUUAUUCAGAUGAAAAUAAUAUAUUGGUGCAUCUUCUAUUCAAUAAGUCUUAUGUCGUAAUUUUAAAGCGGUAAAAAUUGUUUUUUUAACGAUAUUUUUUUUUAUUAUAUAAUUUUGUUGUGUCUGUAUGAGUUAAAUUUAUGCACAGAAGCACUGCCUACCCUAAAAAAUUAUAUCACACGUAAAGUAGGAGGAUUUUUCCAUUUUCUGACAAGUUUUUGAAUUGUGCCUACCCUGGUCUAAAACCUUGUGCACGCCACUGACAUUGGGAUAUACAAAUCAAUUCAAGAUUCUCAUGGGAAUCUAAAUUCGAAAUAUGUGGCAUAAGAUAUGCUUAAAAAUUUAGUUUCGUCUAGUAAGAGAUGAAAAGCCAAAUCUAAAAGAAAGACUUGGCGUUUCAAAAGCGCUUAUAAAGUAGGCUUCUUGAAAUAACAAAAUUUGAAUACUCACAUUUUCGAGUUCGUCUGGUAAAGGACAUCGACCAUACACGGGCCAUGGUUGCGUCAGGCAAUAAUAUAUAUGUCGCGGAUGUGUGCGAAAGCGUUCCCGUGGCCCAGCCACCAGGCGACUGGUAGGACCGUGGGGUUUUAGUCGGUACGAGUCCGAUAUAAUCACCGUGCCCCUUAGUGGCGCGAUCCAUGAGGAUUUCCCCACGAAAAAAAAAGCCAAUGUAUUGGAUAGUUUAAAUUAAAUUUUUAAAUUCCGUCUGGGACUACAAAAAAGUCUGCUUUCUAUCCCCAGUAUUUUUUUUUAUUUUAAAGUACUUUGUAUUAUUACAAACAUGGAGUAUAUAAUAGAGAAAAAAAUAGCGUCACUUCAUGAUUACUAAAAACGCCCUGGCAAGAACGUAAUGAAGAAGAUUACUGUUAUUUUUGUUUUUGAUAUUUAAUGAUAAUAUUGUAAAAAAAAGUCUUUGAAGUAAUUCAGAUUGAAGAUUUGCUACGCCUAUUGUACUCUCGUUUCCGGAGAUAUACAAAAUUCUGUGUCCAAAAGCUUUAAAUACUUAUAAUUUAUUUCUUUUCUUUUUCUUAUUUUCAUAAUGACAAAGUUGCUUAGAAGGAUCCGGCUCCACUUUCAUCUUUCAUCUAUAUAAUGUAGCUCUAGCAACUGCUGAGUUUCUUGCCGGCUUCUUCUCGGUAGAAUCUGCUUUCCGAACCAGUGGGAGAGCCACUAUACACAGACAGACUCGACGUUUCAAAAGUUA